AUGGCAUAUAAGAAAUACUACUUCGAUGUUGACAAUUAUGGUGUGGACUUUUAUGAAGAAGAAGUAGCAUCUGAAAUCCAGCAAUGGAGGUCAGCAACAACAGAUGAUAGCCACGGUGAAGAAGUUGUAGGAAUCCUGAAGGGACUGAGCUACAUGAACGUUGUGUUGGACCACAACUACACCCGUCCAAUGAAGAGCGACACCUGUGGGAAACCCCUUGAGCCUGCACAAGAAGAGGAGGAGGAGGAGCCUGUUUUUCAAAAGCCAACCAAGUAUUGCCGAAAGCAGUACAAGUUCACUCCCGAACAACUACUUGAACUAGACAGGAUUUUUGAAGAAACUCAAUGCCCCAAUACACUCCAAAGGAAAGAGAUUGCAAAGCUCAUGAAUGUAGAAGAAUGCACUGUGAAGAUUUGGUUCUGCAAUCAAAGAGCCAAAGUUAGGAAACAUCAGAAGGUAUUACCGUCCACCAACACCCUACCUGAUAAACAGAGCUGCUUUCCCCGGAAGGUUUUGAAAGAAACCAAGAACGUUGUUGUUCUUCAGGAGCCGCUCGCAGAUGAGUUUUUCUGCUGUCAGCCACAUGUUAGCCACCCAAAUUGGCGGUGACAACACUAUCGCUUUAUGUAAAUUAGCA